CUUAAUUUAAUGACAUCUUUUUCGAUAUAGACUGUUUCUUGUGCUUUUUCUCCUUUUGUAUUUUCUCCAGCAAAGCCUGAGCAAUUUCAGACUAAUGGAAGCUUUUGGAAGCCGUUACAAGAGGAGUACAAAAAAUGGAAGAAGGGAUGGCAAAGCUGUGUACACGUUCCCCACAGACACUAAGUAUGUGGGAGACAUGAAAGAUGGGUUGUUUCAUGGCAAAGGCGUGCUGUUCUUUCCUAAUGGAAGUAAAUAUGAAGCCACCUGGGAGAAAGGCAUAGCUAAACAGGGGUCAUUUAUCUUUGCUGAUGGUCUGGAGUACCAGGAUAAGAACUGGGACUACUGUGAUGGUUAUGACAGGCGUUUCUACAGCGAAAGAUGCAAUGGAUUCAGACCACCAGGAGAAACUCAGCUAACUAAUGUGCAUCCACCUCCAUCCAUUCCUGAUGGCUGCUAUGAUUGCGCUGAUGGAUUUUAUGACCCGGUUUCUAGAGUCGUCACUUCUUACACUGGCAGAUUCCUCAGGAAUGCAGUUGACUCUGAACAUGAGUGGAUUGUGCGCACAUGUCGGAAGGCUUGGGAUGAUUUUCCUGUUGGCAAUGAUUCCAAAAAACCUUCUGCAUCCAGAGAUGAGGAGGACAGCAAGAUCGUCUCAUAAGAAUGCAU